UCCCUUACUCCCCCAGCUGGACUGGCCAGUCAGCGGAUCCCGGCGACUGAUGAUACACACAUGGGGCUAACGGGAUAAUUACAUUGCUACUUCGACAAACUAAAGCCAUACGCACUGUUGGUUUCAUGUUUUUGUGGAUCACAGCAGUAUGUUCAAGAAGCCAUCAGGAAAAUGAGGAGCCAGACCGGGAGGUGUUUGUGGAGCUGCAUUCCUCAAAGCGAGCCUGCUCCGCGUGAUCGACACAAGCACGCCUGCUGCACACACGGGAAUAGUGUCUAUCUGUUUGGGGGUCGAGAAACAAAUGUGCAGAAUGACUUUUGGAGGUACAAUGUUGUCUCCAACGAGUGGCAUGAGCUGGACUGCAACACAGACGGGGCCCCAGAGGAGCUGGAGGAGCACACAAUGGAGGCACAUCAGGGGGUCUUGUACGUCUUCGGAGGGAUGUUGGACUCUGCUUACAGCGAUGGGAAGACACCCCUUUGGAUGUAUGCUAUAGAUACAGAGGAAUGGGUGCACUGGCAGAGGACAGCUAACAAUGCUGGGAGGCCAGUUCCGAUAAACAGGAAAGGGCACAGUGCGGUUAUCUGGGAUUCUGCUAUGCACGUUUACGGUGGGUACAUCGACAUGAAGGGAUCUUCCCAGGAAUUCUGGACUUUCCAUUUUGACUCCCAGGAAUGGUCGUUGCCGGCCCCCUCGUCCUGUGAUGCUGGCCCGGGGCCUCGUCACGGCCACUCUGCCACGGUGUACAAGAGUGCCAUGUUCCUGUAUGGAGGGCUGAUGGGUCUCCGGGAGCAGAGCGACUUCUGGAAAUGGAAUUUCUGCAGCCAGUCCUGGGCCUGCAUCAAAACACUGUCCGGGCCAUCCAAGCUGAUUGGGCACUCUGCCGUUGUGUAUAAUGACUGCAUGCUUCUAUUCGGGGGAGGAGAGACCCAGAAUUUCCCUAAAAACAUCUUGUGGAAGUUCAGCUUCACCUCGCUGAGCUGGGAGAAACUGGGAACCUCAACAGGCACUGUGCCUCCUUCCAAAAUUUACCACUGCUGUGCAGGACUGGGGCCCAGCUUCCAACCGCAGAGCAGCAGAGACUGCUUGCCCCAGGGGAGUCCCACCAGUCACGAGAGAAACUGCCCCAAAUACAGGCCUUUCAAAAACAGAUGCUCCCCAGCUUCCAGCUGUGUGGCACCCAAGUGUCCCCAGGAGGGGAUUGAAAUGCAAACCUUCUUCAUUCAGAGUGACAGGGAACCCCAAGGGGGCAGGGAGAAAGACGCACUCCUUCACAGCCCUGUACAGAUGGAGAGCUGCAUCGCUGACCGCAUUUCCUGCGAAGGACCCCCUCCCCAGGACUCUUUCAUUAGCUAUCUAGAGGCAGAGGACAGUAUGGCGGCCUGUCUUCCAGAUUCACUGCUGGUAAUCGGAGGGAAACCCUGGUGCAACCAGACCUCCGUUUCCAUUUGGCAAAUGACACUGAGCGAUGUUCAGAAGCACGGACGGAGGGCGGACUCUCCAGGUGGAAAUGCAAUGACUCUGAGCGAUGUUCAGAAGCACGGGCGGAGGGCAGACUCUCCAGGUGGAAAUGCAAUGACUCUGAGCGAUGUUCAGAAGCACGGGCGGAGGGCGGACUCUCCAGGUGGAAAUGCAAUGACUCUGAGCGAUGUUCAGAAGCACGGGCGGAGGGCGGACUCUCCAGGUGGAAAUGCAAUGACUCUGAGCGAUGUUCAGAAGCACGGGCGGAGGGCAGACUCUCCAGGUGGAAAUGUAAUGACUCUGAGCGAUGUUCAGAAGCACGGGCGGAGGGCAGACUCUCCAGGUGGAAAUGCAAUGACUCUGAGCGAUGUUCAGAAGCACGGGCGGAGGGCAGACUCUCCAGGUGGAAAUGCAAUGACUCUGAGCGAUGUUCAGAAGCACGGGCGGAGGGCAGACUCUCCAGGUGGAAAUGCAAUGACUCUGAGCGAUGUUCAGAAGCACGGGCGGAGGGAGGACUCUCCAGGUGGAAAUGCAAUGACUCUGAGCGAUGUUCAGAAGCACGGGCGGAAGGCAGACUUUGCAGGUGUAGAUGCAGCUUCCAGUCAAUGCAUCUGAUGCCAGCGAGGAUGCCGUUCACCUGUUCAAUUAGCACAGCCAGGCUGGGAUACAGCUGACCACAGCAACUUCAGGCCUUUUACAUUUGUAAUAUUUGCUUUUUCAUUCCCCCUCCCCGAAGAAAAUUUUGUUUAAAACUUGUUUGUGUUGCAUGAUAUUUUGAGGUGCUUUUGCAUAGCCCGCCAGUCUCUCCUCUGGUUUCCCCAUCCAUUAAUAGCAAAGCAUCUAAUCUCAACACCUGUCCCAGUUUACUCCACUUGUGAAUGCAUG